UAUCUCUUUCCAGAGGAAACAAUAUUUUCUUUCUCAUUCCCGUCCAGAUUUGGGCAAUAUAUAUUUUUUCGGAUUCCGGGAGGUAAGGCUCAAUAAAGCGUCAGCUUUGGUGUCCCUGAAUAACCCCCAACACAACAAUUACUACUGACAUGGUCUAAUAACAUCCAAAAAAUUAAUUAUCGAGCCAAGUACAAGCAACAUAAGUGUCAAGAGAGUCACUGAACCAAGAUAACAUCACAUCACUACUUCUGCAGUCAUCGAAAGAGGAAACAAUUUAAUUUUGUAAAUGGAACGACCUCGAAGAAAUACUCGCCUUCCAAGAGCUCUGACUGACUAUCUUACUGCAAGUGAAGCAGAACGGAAAUCUAUGUCUGUAGAGGAAAAGGACCUUAGUGAAGAUCAUAAAGAGGAAGGAGCAGUUAUAGAUGAUGUAAUUCAAACAAAUUCAGACAAACUUAUCAUGUCACAGCCAUACAAGUGUGGGGAAUGUAAAUCCCGUUAUAGAAGUAAAGUGGCACUUCUUCGUCAUGCAGUUAAGCACAGUGGUGAGAAACCUUUUGUGUGCUCUGAGUGUGGGAAGGGUCUCUCAAGUCAGUGUGCCCUCUCUGAGCACAUGAAUAUUCACACAAACAAUAGACCUCACAGGUGCGAGGAAUGUGGAUUAGAGAGUCGUCAGCUGAGUGUUCAUCUAAGACAUCUCCUGACUCACCAAUCCCAUCCUGAUCAUUUGUACAGUUGCUCUAUUUGUGCAAAGACAUUCAAACAAAAUGAAUACUUACGAAAACACAUGCGCAAACACACAGGAGAAAAGCCAUUUGUUUGUGGAAAAUGUGGAAAAUCAUUCACGUGCAAAAGUGAAUUGAAUCGUCAUAAUAAGAGACACUCCUCCGAACGACCACAUAUGUGCUCAGAUUGUGGCCAGAGUUUUAAAAUGAGGCAUAAUCUUCACAAGCAUCUGAAAGCUCACUCUGGUACACAGCAGUGGAAAUGUAUACUAUGUUCAUUAGCUUUCUCAAAACCAAAAUUGUUGGAGGCACAUCGAAAAACACACCUUGAAACUGUUCAGCAUCUUCAAGUCAAUAGGCCAGAUGAUAACACACUCAUUGUCUCGGCUGAAGGGGAGGAUCGAAGGAAGCUACCUACUGUCCAUAAUGUUCUGCUUCCAAAGGACAAUUUAGGUGUCUGCAGUUCCGAUAUAAAUAUGCAUAAAAAACUUUUAAGAAUAAAUGACACAACACUUCCACUUGAACUAAUCCUUAAGUCUGUAGGAAGAGGAAGUGCUAUUAAAAUCAAAAUUAUUGAUAAACCUGCACAUCCAAGAACAGAAACUUUCUCUGCCUGUGAAAAUAUUGUUGAAUUAGUUGAUGAGGCUGCAUCUAAACAAGAAGGUCUGAGUUUUGCUAAAAACAACACAAGUGAUGUGGAUAACUUGAGGCCUAAAUCUCCUAUUGAAGAAAGUAAUGUUCACAGUGUUAAUGAAGAAGCAGUACGAGUGGCAGGUGUAUUAAGUAUUCCAGCCAGUAUCUUAAGCCAUUGUCUCUCAAAACAUUACGUCCGCAUAAAUCCCACCUGUGCAGACUAUCGAAGCUGGCUUUCAAUGUUGGCCUCGCUUUCUCAGCAACUUAGUGCACCAUUUGACAUGGAAGUCUGUAAUCACCUUAAUCAUACAAGUUCAGCCCUUCAAUUCUGCCUCAUGCAAGAACCAGGUUCAGACUUCCAACCAAGGCCAAUUGAGUUUACAGCUUUCGAGUCAAAGACAGUUUCAAACGUAUGGCCUUGUCAGAAUCGCUUCCAAUAUCAGUUUAUAUAUAAACAAUAUAUGAUACUGAUGGAAACAUUCCACAGUCAUUUUAAUUAUCAUAAUCGCAGCAUUCUGAUUGAUCAAUCCUACUGUUCAGGCAAAACAGAUCUCAGUAAAGAAACUUCAUUCAUCAAAAUUGAUAGUCAAAACUUGCCUCUAAAGAUGACUGAGAUAUCUCUGGUUGCUUAUUGUGACUGUCGUGUUAGCUCUGUGCUGGGCAAGAACACUCGUGAGCUUGGUAAGCAGCACCUUUUUGAUGGCUCCCCUGAGAGCUGUUGGAACAGUGAUCAAGGAACACCUCAGUGGGUUGCUUUGAGAUGGAAGGAGCCAGUUGUUGUUACUGCCAUCAUUGCUCAGUUUCAGUGGCAAUUGUGCAUAGUUAUAUGUUUCACAAUGGGAGAAUUCAUAAUAGAGUGCACACUAUGUGGAUCUUCAUUCGGUUUUGAAAAAGAUUAUGAUUCCCAUCCAUGUUUAGAUAUAGAUGUCAAAGUUCCUUUUAAAAUUAAAUUGGAACAGGGUGAGGAUGAGGAAGAAAAAGAGCUAGAAAGUGAAACUCAGCAUAUGCUAAACCAGGCAUCAAGCUCCAGGAAUCAAAAUGGAGAUGUUUGUAUGACAGCCAUCAAAGAGGAGCCUAGCGAGUCUUUGGAUGUUGAAGAUGAGGAUCCCCUUGAUCUAAGAGAUAAUGAAAAGGAGGAAGUUGUAGAUGAGGCUGAGCCUAUGUUAGAAGAUGCUCUUGAAGAUGAUAACCUAAGUAUUGAAGAGGAAGUAGAAGAGCUUGAGAGAAUGGACCCCACUACUAAAGUGGAAAAUGUGACCGAUGCAGUAUCUAUUCGUAAUGAAUGUGGUAUAUGUGGGAAAAGAUUUUAUAGAAAGGAAGAUUUUCUCACCCACACUACAAAUUCACACAAAAUACCUAGGCCAUUUCAGUGUAAGGUGUGCAAGAAGAGGUUUACCCAGAAGCAUUAUGUUACUCUGCACAUGCGAGUUCAUACUGGAGAAAGACCUUAUAAGUGCCAUCUGUGUCCAAACUCUUACUCCCACAAGACAAGCUAUACAAUUCAUAUGAGGAUUCAUACUGGAGAUCGACCGUACAUGUGUGGGGUGUGUGGGAAAAAAUGUUACGAUAAAUCUGGUCUGACGAGUCACAUGAGAUCGCAUACAAAGGAGACUCCAUACGAAUGUGAAGUAUGUGGAAGACGUUUCACCCAUUCUAAAAGCUUGCUGGUCCAUCGUAGGAACCAUACAGGUGAGAAACCUUACAAAUGUGAGUAUUGUGGAAAAUGUUUCCGGCACUGGCAUAAACAUAAAAUACAUAUUAGGCUACACACUGGAGAAAGGCCAUAUAGAUGUAAAAUUUGCGGUAAGGGCUUCCCUCGUAAUGAUGAGGUAAAGCGACACAUGAGAAGUCACCAGGGAAUAAAGUCUUUCAAAUGUUCCAUUUGUGGUGUCUAUUGUGCCACACAGGCAAGUAUUACAGGGCAUAUUGACCUUCAUCAUGCUGAUUUAAGGACAAUUGACCCAAAUGCUCCAGAGAAAACUGUUGUAAAAAAUAGUCAUUCAGGGAUUCUAGGAACAAAAGCACCUCAACCAAGAACAAUUUAUAAGCCUGUGGCUUCAGUAGCUACUCAAAGUAAAUGUGUUGGAUCCAGUGCUCAUCAAAAAACUUCAGUUUUUGGUAAGAAUAAUACUUCUAACUUUUCAGUUAAGAAAGAUGUUAAAAAAGUUGAAAAUAAGCAAGAAAGCAAGACACAGUCUAAGGAAGGUGAGAAAACUAAAGUUCUCAGUUAUAAAGAAUUUAUUGAACUUCAAGAAAAAUUGCUGAUAUGUAAAGGUUUGACUGUUAAAAACCCACAGGGGCAUUCAGUACCUAGUAAAUCAAAUGUUGAUGGUAACAGUGACAAUAAGAAUGGCACACAAUCAAACGUUUCAAAUGCUACAGUCAAACACCAGAAUACUAGAACGCCUUGUAGUGUUAGUGGCCAGGUAUUGGACACUAAUAUUCGUGGAAAACAAAUAAUGGUGUUGUCUACACAGAGUGGUCAAAAAGGGGAGGGAACGCGGUUUGUGGUACCACAAUCAUUACGAGGUGGCAAGCAAGUGGCAGCCACUGCGUCGACCUCGGUUCCAGCUGGGCAGCGUAUAGUUAUACGUCAGCCCUCUGUAUUCAUGCCUCAAGCUCAAGUAGGCGGUAACCAACAAAUUGUAUUUCUUUCUAAACCUGGCAGCCAACAGAACUCUGUGAUGCUGUCUCAGCCUUUAUUGUUAGUAUCUGGGGGAAAUUCUCAGUGUAUGGUACUAGUGCCCUCGGCUUCCACUGCUGGGUCUAACACGGGGACACUUCAAACUCUCUUGCUUCCGGCAUCAGCUGUAAGCACACAAAUUAAUAAUGGAACCAUUGCUUCAGAAAACAAAGUAGUGACCAAGAAAGAACCAGGGGAGGUUGCAUCCACUAACAACAUUGCACCAAAGAUUACCAUUAAACAAGAACCAGGAGUACAGCUGCCAGGUGCUGUAAUAAUCAAACAAGAACCCGUUGAUGAUGAUUCAUCAACUACCAAUAGUGUAAGUAAUAUAGUUAUCAAGCAGGAGCCUCAAGACUAGUUGGUAAAUUUGUCAGAUGCUCAUUUUAUUAUGAUUGUCAGAUGUUCUUUUAACUUAUUAGAAACUAUUGAAAUAAUUUUGUACAUAACCCAAUAGUGUCUCUAAUGUCUUUCAUAGUUGAAAUGCACAGUGAUUUAAGUUAAAGGAAACAUUCAGUUGAAAUCAAACUAGUCAUUUAGAGUGCAACAAAGGUUUUAUUUUUUGCCACUGUCUUGUUUUGAACAGUUCCUUCAGAUAUUAAGUUCCAUCACUAGUCAGUCUGUUGUGGACACGGGAACUGCAGAGGCUCCUUAUAUAUUAAGAUAGCUCCAGUUAUUGGGAACUAUUUUGUUCUUUUUUCAAGUGUACCUGCAAGGACAUUCCCCUUUUUAAGGAUAUUUUAUAAUGUACAGUAUAUGCCUGUGAAAUCUAUUUAUAAGUUUAAUGGAUAGUUUUUACUGAUAUUUUUAUUUUUAUUAGGGUUCCCUUACUUGAUAUGAAAUAAAAUAUUUCAAAAUAUUUAUUUAAUAUUUAGCUUGAAGUACUUAUAAUGCUUCAUGUACUUAAUUAUGUAAGAUUGAUUGGGCUAGUCAUUAUUGUAAAUGUGAAGAUGUACUUAAUGAUAGAAGUAAGUAACUUUUAUGGAUUUAUUAUAUACAUUCAAUUGUUUUUACUUUAGUACUACUUACAUUUUUCAAGGUACAAGACGAGUAAUAAUUUCUCUCAAUUGUGCAUGAAAAUGCUCGAUAGUAUAUUUUGAGUACUCCCCUCCUCGAGGGAGGUGCUUUCUUAAUGAGGGGGCUUUUGAUUCAAGGCAAUGGCCUUAUCCUCCCUUUCCUUGGAUUGAGCCUGAUUGCUUUCCAUUUCUCCAGGCAUUAUAAGACCCCUUGUGGGUUUGGCACUUCCUCUUUGAAUAUAUUAAGUGCAAUGUACUUCUGAGAAUUAUCUACCCUGCAGCUCAGUAUCUGAUCAGGCCUCCUGUGAAGGGCUUAAGUUAGUCUACCCCACAGUCUGCCUUGUAACCAGGCUGACCUGCUGAUCUGAUCACCUGAUCAACCAAGCUAUUACCACCUGAAGCCUGCAGGUAGAUAUAUUAGUAAUAUAUAAUAUUGCAAAUGUUUACAUAGAAUUUAUGGCUUGUGUAAUUUAUUCAUAUACAAUACUCUGUUGUAAUUUUAUAUUCACAAUUAUCUUUGUCAGGGUUAUAGUACAGUACUAAAUUAUGUACAGUAUACAGUACUUUGUAUUAUAUAAUUGCAAAAUGUUACUGAAAUUCAUAAAUUUGCUUUAGAUAAGUACAGUAAUGUAGAUUUUAGGCCCUGAAAUGUUUCACCACCCAAUUAAUACCUACAAGACUGGGAGGUGAUGCAAAAGCACACAUUUUCUAUUCAUUAAAUAUCGAGUAAUAUUUAACAAGAUUGUGAAAUAAAUCUGAAACAAAUUUUUAAUUGAUAUCCUGAUGUGCAGAAUGUGUUUUAUUCCUCAAGCACUGAUAUAUAUUAUAUUUUCAUUCUUGAUUAUUUUUUUUUUUUUUUUUUUUUUUUUUUUUUGCAACAUUGAGAAAAGUAAACAGCAAUAAUGACAGAGAAAUCUGAAAGCAGUAAAAUAAUUUAUGGUACACAUAUAUAUAUAUAUAAUUUAAAUAUGUAGAUUUUUAUCUGAAAUAUUUAAUUAUGGGUCAGUAAAACUGUUUGAAAUAAGGUGAAAUGAAAGGUAUACAUACAAGAGCACUAGAAUUUUAGAUCGAUAUACAAGUGUUGUGCAGUGACUAUUUACGAGAUCUAAACACACUUUAUUAAAAUCAUAACUAAGCACUAAACCCACAAGAAUCAAUAAACAUGCUCAAGAAUGGCUUUCCUUGUUAUGUAAUAUAACCAACUUUCAAAUACAUACAAAAUAUGUGUUGGAUAUUAAUGUGUGCAUGCUCAAUCUCUUGCUACCCUCUACCCCUGCACUAUCCACUGCCCUGCUGCACUGUAUGACCCUUGUAGGUUUAGUGCUUCUUUUUGAUUAUAAUAAUAAUGUGUAUGUGGGAUAAAGGUAAUUUAAAAUUAGUUGUUUUUUUUCCUGAUAAUUAUACAUAAAAUCUCAAAAAAUUAAUAUAUAUAUAUAAUUAAGUCUUGGUUAGUCUUAAAAGAGACUAAUCAUUACUAUGGUGCUCACAGAAAAAGAAAAGCACAUAAAGAAGCUAUGUAGGUUUACAGAAAUAAAAUUAAUGAAAUGUUGGCGAGUUUGCUCGUUAGUAGAUUACUGUAUAAUAAUUAUUUAAAUGAGGAUGUUGAUAAAUAAUAAUAAAACAUAGUGUAUAUCUACAAGAAUUUUUGUUUCCACGAACUUCUUGACAAGUUAAUCAGUUACUUGCACGUAAAGGUUUUCAUAUAUAUAUAUUUGAUAUUUGCUGUUACCUUACAAUAAAAUUAUACUGUUGAUAUCUUUCAUGUAAGUUUUUAGUCUUGAUAUGAAAUUAACAGUAACAAGCUAUAUAUGUAUUUUUUUUAUCAGGUAUGCAACCAUUCUUUUUACUUUUCAUUAGAUAUGUAAUCAUAUUUUGCAGAAAAUUACAUAAUACUGUACUGUAAUUGUCAUGAUAAACUCCAGCAGUGAAUUUCAUAUUCACAAGAUUGCAGAAAUACUCACUGAUUCAAGUGCAAUACAGUAUACUAAGUAACAUGGCUAUUAUGUAUUCAGCUGUUCGUAUUUUUUUUUUUUUUUUAGAUGUUAGAUUAUGAAAUACUCGUUGAUAAGGUUUAUCCACCUUUCCUCUACAUGUACUAUGUUGUAUAUGUGUGUUUAUACAGUACAGGUGUCCCUCGCUUUAUGCAAUAGAUGCAAACCCACUGUAACAUAAGAUAGAUAUAGAUUCAUUCUCAGACUUUUGCCAGUUCCACUUUUUUUUUUUUUAAACAAGUCGGCCGUCUCCCACCGAGGCAGGGUGACCCAAAAAGAAAAAAUCCCCAAAAAGAAAAUACUUUAAUCAUUCAACACUUUCAACUCACACAUAAUCACUGUUUUUGCCAGGUGCUCAGAACACAACAGUUUAGAAGCAUAUACAUGUACGUAUAAAGAUACACAACAUAUCCCUCCAAACUGCUAAUAUCCUGAACCCCUCCUUUAGAGUGCAGGCAUUGUACUUCCCAUUUCCAGGAUUCAAGUCCGGCUAUAUAAAAAUAACCGGUUUCCCUGAAUCCCUUCACUAAAUAUUACCCUGCUCACACUCCAAAAGAUCAUCAGGUCCCAAAUACCAUUCGUCUCCAUUCACUCCUAUCGAACAUGCUCAUGCAUGCCUGCUGGAAGUCCAAGCCCCUCGCCCACAAAACCUCCCUUACCCCUUCCUUCCAACCUUUUCAAGGAUGACCCCUACCCUGCCUUCCUUCCCCUACAGAUUUAUAUACUCUCCAUGUCAUUCUACUUUGAUCCAUUCUCUCUAAAUGACCAAACCACCUCAACAACCCCUCUUCAGCCCAUAUGUUUUCAUAAUUAUUAUUUUUUUUUUUACAAAAUGCAUUCAUACUUUGUUAAUGUUCAUUUCAUGCAUAUGUGAAGACCUCUCAUUAUUGUUUUUUUUUCUAAGAUCAGUCAAGAACUGUAGAUUUAUUUACAUUAUAUUAGAAUAUGAGCUGUUGGCUCACCAGGGAAGAAGUGGAGGGUUGUUAGUGAGGCAUGGUGGUGGGUAAGUAGCCUGCGAGCCAUGGAGGAAGCUGUAGGCUCAGCUGAAAGGAAGGAUAAGGGGAUGGACUGGAUGAGACCCCAGCAGAGUGGCUUGGCCUGGACUAGUGGUUGUAUCACUCACUGCUUCACUCACUCAUUGCCUUUCCCUUUCCCCAUCACAUACAGGACUUAUGUCCUGGACAUGUUUAGUGGGAGAGGCAUGUGACAUGAUACAGCAUCCCUCACCACUGCCUUCAACACACUACAUUAGUCUAGAGUGAUAUUUAAUGCGGUAUUGAUUAAUUAUCAAGUAAUGCUGUACUGAGUAAUCGCAUGCGAGUGAAAACGCACAGCGAUUAUCCUUUGCAAUCACAUAAUGAUUUUUUUCUGAAUAAAGCUAGGGGAAACCUGUAUAUACAAUACAAUGCAUUUAUGGAUAAAUUGUGCAUGUAUGUUUGGUAAUACCACUAAGUUAGCAACUUCACUAAAAUGUUACUUUUUUUAUCUUAAUCCUACCAAACCUGUUUUGAGUCAGACUAAGUUUAUUAGUUUUCUAUUAUUUAGCAACAGUUAUAUGUAUUAAUUUUGUGAUGCUCCAACUUAUAUUUAUACAAUUAUUACAACAGUGAAUUUAUACUUUUUCUGGCAAAACUUUUGUUGUUUAACUCAAUGCAAACUCUGCAUAUAAAGCAUAACGUGUGUACUUUUACAACACUAAUCCCUGUUGCUCCCAGCAUUUUAGUCAGUUGUGUCCACCCCCACUGCUUUCCUCAUUUUCAAAAGUUAUCUGCCUGCUUCACCCCUUGUAUUCUUAUUUCUGCCUUUUUUCACUCAUUCUCUCUUCCCAAGCCAGAAUUUCUGGCUCAUAUUUCAUUUAAAUUACACACAGUUCAAAGUAUUGUCUCCAUCUGAAAUCUCUCUCCAUUUUUACUCAUAAUCUUGCCAACUUUUUUAAGAGAUACAGUACUGCAUUUCAGUCUGCUUUCUUCUCUUUUUUUCCACUUUAUCUCUUCCCAAAAUGUUCUUGUCAAGCUCGGAUGACUUUUCCUCAUAUAUUCUUUUAAUCUCUCAUAGCUUGUACUUUUGAGAAAACCCUGGGUAUGCUGCCCUUUUUUUUUUAGUGUAUCACCAUGUUUAAAUUAUUCUACUACCAGUGAUCCUCUUGUGUACAUACCCUUCCAUAACCACACCUUCACACAACAGUCAUCUUUUCUUCAAACAUUUGCUUAUACUACUUGCUGUAUGACCCUUUUCAGCUUAGCAUCUACCUUGAUUAUUUUAAUAAUACUCAUAUCACUCGCAACUUUUGUCUUGGAUUCAUUCACUUUCACCUCUCUUGUUUAAUGACAUAUAAUGCACAUAAAGAAGUUCAGCUGUAUGUAUACAAUUGUGUUUACUUUCAUCCCUAAUUUAGGGAUUAAAAUUUUCUUUGUGUUAGUGUUUAAUUGAUAUGCAGCCUUAAUUACUCAUAAGCAAUUGACAGGCUUCAAACAUAGCAAACAAUUAACCCUCUCCUUUUUCUACUGAUACAUUUGUAUACUAUCUUGCUUGUACUCUUAAUUCCAAGUUACUAUUAAGAACUGGUACACUAAGGAUCAAAUUCACUUUUCACUAUUAUAAAAACAUGUACUUUAUAUCCAAAAGGCUGUCCUUUAUAUUUUCUACUUCUUGACAACGACUGAUUUACUCCACAAACUCUGAUGAUACUUUUCGCACUCCCCUCAGCCCUUUCUAGUUCAGUCUCUUGCUGCCCUUUACCCUUUCACCAUCCACUACCCCGCUGUUAUCCAUAACCUAUUACUCAUCCAUCUCCCUUUUGCCACCUGAUGCCCUCGCUUCCUUCCUGCCCUGCAGCGCUGUAUUCCUUGUGGCUUAGCGCUUCUUUUUUUAUUAUAAUAAUAAUAAUAAUUAUAUUUUCUAGCAUGUAGUUCAGCAGCUUUUUUUCUUUGGGAACUUAUCUUACCUGUAUGACACUUUUGGUUUUAGCAUUUAACUGUUUUAAUUUUGUAUUUACUUUUUUUUCACUGAAACAUGUAAUUAUUUUAUAAGCACUAAACCCAUGUCAUACAGUGGUGAAGCUGAAACAUGUGAUGUUUUUUACCACCACUCUUUCUAAGCACAACUCCAGUCUCUUGUUGAUGUCGGUCACUGUAAACUUUACUACUACGACAGUCUCAACUUUGCAUCAGUCCUCCAAACUAUUAUUGUAUUCUCUACUUUUCACAAAUCUUUCUACACAAUUAAUCUACAAGACUCUCCUCAACACUGCUAUCACAUACAGGUGCAUAAAUACCUUUUGUAUCCCAUUUCCAUUAUCAAUAAUUCUAGAAAGAAAUCAUAUUUUUUUUUCUUUUGUAUACACCCUAAUGCUAUUAGAUACCCAUUCAGUAGAAUUGCUUGCACCCUCUUUUGCUCUUGUUCUGAUACAACCAUUAUUAAUUAUUUUAAUUCCUUUCAAACUCUUCAAACAUUUUAAAAUUUAUUUCAGUGAUUGGAAAUCAUUUUCUUUUGUUUAUAACAUGAGUAAUACAGUGGACCCCCCCGGUAUUCGAUAUUAAUCCGUUCCUGAGAGCUCAUCGAAUACCGAAAAUAUCGAAAAGCUAAUCAAUUUUCCCCAUAAGAAAUAAUGGAAAUCAAAUUAAUCCGUGCAAGACACCCAAAAGUAUGAAAAAAAACAAAUUUUUACCACAUGAAAUAUUAAUUCUAAUACACACAAAUUGAAGAAGACAUGCACAGUUACAUGACACUUACCUUUAUUGAAGAUCUGGUGAUGAUUGAUGGGAUGGGAGGAGGGGAGAGUGUCGAACUUAUUGUUUAGAAGGGGAAUCCCCUUCCAUUAGGACUUGAGGUAGCAAGUCCUUUUCCGGGGUUACUUCCCUUCUUUUAAUGCCACUAGGACCAGCUUGAGAGUCACUGGACCUCUGCUCCCUCUCCUUUACGAUUUGUCUAAAAUGGGCCACAACAUUGUCAUUGUAAUAGUCACCAGCACGGCUUGCAAUAGCUGUGUUAGGGUGAUUUUCAUCCAUAAAGGUUUGCACUUCAACCCUCUGUGCACACAUUUCCUUAAUUUUUGAAGUAGGCACAAUGGAUUCUACAACUGGCAUAGGCUUCUCAGGGUUAGCCCCAAACCCUUCAAAAUCUUUCUUAAUUUCCAUACUAAUUCUCACCCUUUUUACCACAGGGUUGGCACUAGAAGCUUUCUUGGGGCCCAUGGUGACUUAUUUUGCAGAAACAAGCACCAAAAACAGUGAUAAUAUGGAAUGUACCGAAUGUAUCCUUAGAUGCGCGCACACUGGCUGGCUUGUAAACACUGGCACACGAGGGGCAGUUCAGGCCACACUUGGACACGUCUCUUACGAAUCGUAUCGAAUACCGGGUUUUCAAUCGGAUACCGAGGCAAAAAUUUUGCAUUAAAAUGCAUCAAAUACCGGAUUUAUUGAAUACCGAUGCCAUCGAAUACCGGGGGUCCACUGUAUGUAUGUUUUUUUACCUACUUUUAUCUUGUACUUUCAAAUAACCCAGCUUUUAAAAUUGCCUGCUUUUUCUUUUUAUCUUUUAAUCUUGUGUAGAUUAGUAACAAGUUCUGUUAAUUUCUAACAUUCAGGAAUGAGUUAUAAAUAUUUCCCAAAUAUCUGAGUAAUCAUGAGACAGAAGGAACAGUCUAGUGAUAGUGCCUGUACAAUUAUUUCAUAGACUUUAGUUUCAUCACUUUCAUGAAAAUAAGAUUUAAGGGCCAUAAGUAGAAAUAAUUUUUUCUUCAGACCUGCUGGGGCUGAAGUCCCAUAAAAAAAAAAAAAAACUUGCAGCCAUUAUUCAUUUAUU